AUGACUCCCGAUCAAGAGAUUAAGCAGCAUAAGCGGAAGAAGGUCUCGCUUGCCUGCGUCUUUUGUCGACGAUCCCACAUGACGUGCGAUGAAGGUCGACCAUGUCAGCGGUGCAUAAAGCGAAGUAUUGGCCACAUGUGUCACGAUGAGCCUCGAUCAAGCACAUCCAAGAAAAACAAUGACACAUCCUCAUUAGCCAUGAACAAAAAUGAAGAUGACAAGGCGACACAAGAUCAGUUUUAUCUUAUUGCUGCUGAUCCACAUGAUGGCAAGGUUGAAGACAAGCUCAACGAAGUGAUCAAUGCCAAAUACGAAGCAGGCAUCCUCAAGCCUUACAAUUAUGUGAAUGGAUACGCACGGUUACAGCGAUACAUGGAUCAACACAUGACACCGAGUAGUCGACAACGUAUCCUUAAUGUGAUGGGUGCCUUCCGACCAGCAUUUCGUGACGUGGCUCAAGCAUUAACCGAUGUGGAUUUGAUUUUGGUUGAAGAGGCAUUUGAGCGACUCUUGUUGGAUUAUGAUCGUGUUUUUACUGCUAUGGCUGUACCAGCUUGUCUAUGGCGAAGGACAGGUGAGAUAUAUAAAGGGAACAAGGAGUUUGCUGAUUUGAUCAAUGUCCCGGUCGAGCAGUUGCGUGAUGGACGACUUUGCAUCUACGAAUUGAUGGUAGAAGAUUCGACUGUGAAUUAUUGGGAGAAAUACAGCAACGUUGCGUUUGAUCCGUGCCAGAAGGCCGUCCUAACAUCGUGUCUCAUCCAGCCUCGGUCAAGCAAAGGAGCACCACUUGUAUCAUGUUGUUUUUCUUUUACAAUCCGGCGUGAUAAAUUCAACAUGUAA